UGCGGAUCGAGCCAGUCGCGGCCCGCAGCCUCGUGGACAGCGGGACGCGGUAAACGGUGCGGGGCGCGCGGAUCGUCGAGUCGUCCAGGAGGAGAACCGGAGCGCGGAUCCAGCCCGGCCCACCAUGAGCCUGCCGCUGUACGCACCGACCCCGGUGCCGCGGGCUCAGCCCACCCCCUUCUACAUCGAGGACAUUCUGGGGAGAAGCGCCUCCACCUCCACCUCCACCUCCUCCUCUCACUGCUCCCCUUCAUCCUCCUCCUCCUCCUCCUGCUCCACUCCGGUCGUCCCGACACCGACUCUCCCGUCGCCCAACUCCUCCUUCACGAGCCUGAUCUCGCCUUACCGGGUCCCGAUCUACGAGCCCACGCCGAUCCACCCGGCUCUGUCCCACCACGCCGCUCUGGCGGCGACCUACGCCUCCGGCGGGGCGUUCGGCGGCUCCAUCUACCCCUUCCAGCACCAGCAGCACCACCAGCACCACCCUCAGCAGCACUCGCACGCGCAGCAGCAGCACCGCUCCCUGGGGGACCAUUACGCACAGGCCCUGCUCCGCCACGACCCUCUGGGGAAGCCUCUGGUGUGGACGCCGUUCAUCCAGCGGCCGCUGCACAAGAGGAAGGGCGGCCAGGUGCGCUUCUCCAACGACCAGACGGUGGAGCUGGAGAAGAAGUUCGAGACGCAGAAGUACCUGUCCCCCCCGGAGAGGAAGAGGCUGGCCAAGAUGCUGCAGCUCAGCGAGAGACAGGUGAAGACCUGGUUCCAGAACCGGAGGGCCAAGUGGAGGAGGCUAAAACAGGAGAACCCCCAGGCGGGGAAGAGGGAGGUGGAGGACGAGGGCCUGGCUGCCAGCAGUAACCCGGGGGAGGAGGAGGCCGACUCGAGGCGGGCGGCCCCCAGCCCGGACCCCAGCCCGGACCCCCACUGUGUCCCCCCCACAUCCACACAGCAGCUGGACUCGGACGGCUCGGAGGACACAGACGGGGAGCUGGACAUAGAGGACCACGACGAGUUCACACUGCCCCCCCACUUCUGAGACAGACCCGGGUCUGUUGGACUGAUACUGAGACACCCCACCUGCAGAGACUCACUGCAGCCCCCCCCCCCCCCGAGAGACACAGGACAGCCCCCCUUCAGAGACAGACUGGACUGAGGGGGCUGGUGCCCCCCCCCCCCCGAACAUUUGGUGGAUGUUUCUUACUGAUGACUUUAGUGUCCUGUACAGGGUGGUGGUGGGUUCAGGGUGGAGAUGGUGGUGUGUGUGUGUGUGUGUGUGUGUGUGUGUGUGUGUGUGUGUGUGUGUGUGUGUGUGUGUGUGUGUGUGUGC